CUGGGCGGCUUUCCUACGCGGCAGCCGCGGAUAAAUGGACCUACCUGCGGGGCGCGGCGAUGUUGUUCUCCUGGUGGAUGCGUAUGCGCCUUGGGCAUCCUGGUGUGUUUCCAGGUGCCAUCGUUCUUGCUACCUUGAUCCUUGUGGCUGACCACGGACAACGUCACCGCUUCUCUGUCUCUGCCACCACCUACUGGCCCCGGCUGCUCUGGUCCCCGCCAAGAACCAGGUGAUAUUGAACUGCCACCUCUAUUUUUAAUACUUCUUAUCAUGGAGUUUCCUGAUUUGGGAAAGCAUUGUUCAGAAAAGACUUGCAAGCAACUAGAUUUUCUUCCACUAAAGUGUGAUGCAUGUAAUCAAGAUUUCUGUAAAGAUCAUUUUCCCUAUGCUGGCCAUAAGUGUCCUUUUGCAUUUAAGAAGAAUGUCCAGGUCCCUGUGUGUCCACUUUGCAACAUCCCCAUCCCUGUAAAAAGGGGAGAGAUACCAGAUGUGGUGGUUGGAGAGCACAUUGACAGAGACUGCAAGUAUCAUCCUGGGGAGAAGAAAGAGAAGGUUUUCACAUACCGAUGCUCAAAAGAAGGAUGCAGAAAGAAGGAGAUGCUGCAGCUGGCCUGUGUGCAGUGCCAUGGCAACUUCUGCAUUCAGCACAGGCACCCUCUGGACCACAGCUGCAGAGCUGGGUGCUCAGCAACCAGUGCUUCAGAGUCUAAGCCAUCCUCCAGUUGGCUGGCCCAGCGACUCAGGUGGAAAGCAAAAUGACAUCACAGUAUCUUUUUUGGCGCUGCACCUGAAAUCAUUCCACGCAGUUUAACUUCGCACAUGACUAAUGCGAUAGUACUUUUUUACUUCCCAUGGCAAGCAGUCAAACUUGAACAUUUCCAAUGUUUGGCAAAAUAAACAGAGGGAUAUUGAUACUCCAAGGCAGGUUAUGUCACCACAGGAACAAAAUUUGGUGGCUUCAAAAGUGAUAUCUGAAUAAGCUAGAUUGGUAUUGGCAGCAAACUGGUUCAGGAUCCAGUCUUUGGGAAGUUUCUAGCAUGUAAACAACAGACAACUGACCACAGGUGUGGGGUUUGCCCAUGUGGCUUCUGUAAUGAGGUGUCUGUCUGAACCCAGGAAGCGGAAUACAUUAUUGAAGGUUCUUGUCCAGGGUGGCCCUCAGUCCCCGAAAGAACACAAGUCAUUUUUGUGCCUGGUCCUGAUUCAGGGCUGGACUGCUCUUGAGAAAGGGCAUGCAUUUGGACCCACAUGCCGUCUACCACAGCUGACUUCUUAAACUAGGUGACGAGCUAGCCUGUGAGACAGCUUGUUUCUACCUGGGUUUGCUGUCAACUGCAAGAAGAAAGUCACAAAACGCUACCUAUUCAAGAUGAAGCAAUGUCUGGUGUUGAAGUGAUAGAAACUUCCAGAAGCAAUUUAAAACCAUGAUAGCAGGCAGAGUGUUUCUUUGAGUACUGGAGGUUUUAUGAUUGAAUACUGGGGAUGAUUUUAUGAUUUCAACAAGGAGGAAACCCAAGCAGAAGGAGCUGAAGUGGGCAGCCAUGGUCUCUCAUAAUUUGGGUGAUGAACCAAUGUGGCGUUGCUGGCCUGAUGUUUUCUGCUGCUGGCUGUGAUCUCACAUAGUGCAGGUGGUGUUCUCUGCCGCUGGUGAGGUAAAUACAGCGUUAGGUUCAUACUGCCACCUUGAAACCAGACAGCUCUCUCACUGCCCGGGACCCUGGGGAUCAAGGAUGAGGAGAAAUGGAAUGAUACCCGAGCUGGUCCUGACCUCAGCCCCACAAUCCAGCCUUAACAUCCAGGCGUCCGCUGAGAAAGUUUGUCUUAACAAAAAUCCUAGCAGCUACUUUUUUUCUGGAAUCAUAGCCUCUAAAUAUAAUGGGGGAGGGGUCUGUUCUGUUUCCAUCCUUCAAAUAGGUGAUUAGACUGGGUCUGUGCUGCCUCUUUUAAUGGCAUUUUUUCUAGGCUGGUGUUUUCCAGUGUCAUUACACAUCAGAAUGGUAAGGGGCUUUUCAGUGUGUCCUACCCAAGUUUCUGAUUCUAGGUCUGUGUGGAUUCAAGAUUUGUACUUAGAAUGUUGCAGGUGGUGCUGCUGGUCUAGGGACAUACUUGGAUAAGCCACUUUCCUACAACUUCACUGUCCAGCGUGGCAACCACUAGCCAUGCAGGCCAUGGAUUUUUUUUUUUUUUUAAUUCUUCUUUUUUUGUACCAGGAAUUGAACCCAGGAGCACUUAACCACAGAGUCACAUAUCCAGCCCUUUAUUUUUAAUUUUGAAACAGGGUCUUGCUGAGUUGCUUAGGGCCUCUCUUAAGUUGCUGAGGCUUGCAUUGAACUUGUGAUCCUUCUGUCUCAGCCUUCCAACAGCUGGGAUUAUAGCCACCAUGCCUGGCUCAGGCCAUGGGCUCUUGAAUUGUAGCAGCAUAGCUAAAUUUUAAGUUUAAAAACCACCCAAUUCAGUUGUUAGAAAACCUGGAAGUAGACAAUAAAUGUUUUGUUAAAACUCGAAGAAAAAAAAAAAAAAAAAAAAAAAAAAAAAAAAGAAAACCUGGAAGUAUGUUGGGAUCCUGGGUUUGUGAAGCAAUUUUGUAACUGCAAAUUUUGGGGGAGUUUUUUGGUGCUAGGGAUUUAAUGCAGAGCCUUGCACAUGCUAAGAACUGAGUCUUGUGAAAUCUAAAUACAAAUCCCUGUUGAAAACUCACUAUUCACAUUGAGGUGUAUCCUGAUGGAGAAUCAAAGCACACCAGGCUUUGAAGACCAUAUUAAAAUGUAAAUGUAAUUUUAAAAACAUCCUUUACGUGUUGAAAUGAUAUCUUAGGUGUGCUUGAUUAAUAAAGCAUGAAGAUUAAUUUCAUCUGUUUCUGAUUU